AUGUUCCAGCCCAGGGGGCUCAGGAGGAGGCCUGAGACCCUGGGACCUCCUAUACAAAGCAUCCGGCCCUUUAAGUCCAGCGAGCAUUACCUGGAGGCCAUGAAGGAAGACCUGGCCGAGUGGCUGCGGGAUCUCUACGGACUGGACAUAGACGGAGCCAGCUUCCUACAGGUGCUGGAGACGGGCCUGGUGCUGUGCCGCCACGCCAAUGCCAUCACCGAGGCGGCCUUGGCCUUCCUGGCUGAGGCCCCUGCCCAAGCCCAAAGGAUUCCCGUGCCCCAGGAAGGAGUUUCCUGCAAUGGGGCCGCUCAGCCGGGUACCUUCCAGGCACGGGACAAUGUGUCCAACUUCAUCCAGUGGUGUCGAAAGGAGAUGGGCAUCCAAGAGGUGCUGAUGUUCGAGACCGAGGACCUGGUGCUGCGCAAGAACGUGAAGAACGUGGUGCUGUGCUUGCUGGAGGUGGGCCGCCGGGCCUGGCGCUUCGGUGUCGCGGCGCCCACCUUGGUGCAACUGGAGGAGGAGAUCGAGGAGGAGCUGCGGCGGGAGCUGGCCCUGCCCCCACCGGACCCGCCGCCGCCAGCGCCGCCCACGCGCCGGGCGUGCCACUUCCGCAACCUGGACCAAGUGGUGCAGAGUCUAGUGAGCCACUGCACAUGCCCAGUUCAGUUCUCCAUGGUCAAGGUGUCUGAGGGGAAGUACCGUGUGGGAAACUCUAACACCCUCAUCUUCAUCCGGAUCCUUCGAAACCACGUGAUGGUCCGUGUGGGUGGUGGCUGGGACACACUUGGUCACUACCUGGACAAACAUGACCCCUGCCGGUGCACAUCCCUCUCACACAAGCCAGGCAGCUUCCCGAAGCCCCCAGCCCCAUCGGUGCAGCAUGAAGUGAGGGUGCUGGAUGGACCCUCGCACCCCCAGCCCACGAUGACCAUCAGCCGCUCCCAGAGCCCGCUGCCCCCCGUGGACUGGAAGACAUACACUUCUUCAGGCCACAAGCUGAAGCCUCCAACCUCCUCCUCCCCCAGUUCCCGCUGUGAACGGGGAGCAGGGAUGGGGUUCCUCAGAGAGAUGGCACCACCCAUGAGGUGCCAGGAGAGGUCACUCACCCCAUCUCGGAGGCAGCUGUCAGCUGGGGACAGUCCACCCAGCCCCCAGUCCUCAUCUACCCAUAGGGGGCGAGACCCACAGUGCACGUCCUCAGGGAAGAGGGAGGACAGACACCCCUCUGAACUCCUCAGGGGAAGGACUUCCACCUGUUGGGUCUAUGAAGAAACAGCCAGCCAGGGAACCUAUGGAAGGGCCCCCAUCCCCCAGAGACUCCGAGUCCCUGAGGUGACCACCAAAGGGACACCAGCGAGAGGACCAUCUCCCCUGGCUCAUUCCUCCAGCCCAGUCAAGAGCCUGAGCCUUGGGCAGCCACCGUGGGGUGAGGAUGAGGGUACUUCCCUCCAGCUCAGGGAGUCAGCAGCCAUCUGUUCUCCACCCUCUACUAAAGCACCCACCAAGAUCCCCGUCCGGCUGUCCCCUGCCCGCCCCCCGACUCCAGGAAGAGGCUUGCCAGGUACUACAAGUGGAGCUUCCAUGACGGAACUGGAGAGAGGCCCCAGCUCACUAAGGGCCGUGGUUGGUGACAGACACCUGGCUGGGUCCAGAUGUGGGAACUGCUCUGUGAAGAGGGCACAGGGGGACCAGAAGCCAGACAUCCAAGUUACCGCAGAGGGCCAGGGACUGAGCCCCCAGGAGCAGGAGGGGAGGCACGUGCCUCUGCCCCUGGGCAGGACCGAGGAGCAAGCCACCCACCAUAGCCUCGAAGAGGAGAUUCUGGCCAAUGUGAAGCUUCCAGAGGCACAGGGUGCCCGUCCCCGGGGCACAGGGUCAGGGGCCAUCCCUCGCAGUGGUGUCUAUGUCCCCAGACAGGGUAGGCACUGGCCAGAACCUGGGGGUCUUUAUGACAAAGUCCUUCAAGAACUGGCUCAGGGCCCCCCACCCCUCCUUAAAGUAGACCUGGGAGCCUGGGGGUCAGCCCCUCCAGAAUCUCAUAAGCCAGCUGUUACCCCAGACCCAGAAAACCCAAAAGAGAAGCUGGGCGUCAGAGAGACUGGGCCAAGGAAUAAAGCAACCCUGAGCGACAAAAGCACCACCAGGAAGGUACCUCCUCAAGGAGGGCAGGACUGCUCAGCCUCUACUGUAUCUGCUAGCCUGGAGGUCCCCACACCUUUGCCUUUGGACCUCAAUUCUGACAAAACCAAGGCAUGUCCAAGCAAGGGCAAGAGAACACUCCGGAAGCCCCAGAGGGUCCCAUCCAUUUACAAGCUGAAGCUGAGGCCCAGAAUCCGCCCCCGGAGGGACCACAGGCCUGAGAAGCAGCCUUCACGUAUCCCUAAGCCACUGGCUUACCUCUGCCUGGGUCCAGCCAGGGCACCCACUAGGUGCAGGGUGUCAAGGGCAACACUGGGCAGCAAAGGAGGGGAGGCACCCGCAGUGGAUGGGGACUUUGAGGGGAAAAAGGAGGAGGAAGGAAAGGAGAAGAAAGUGUCAGCCACCAUAUUACAGAGCAGGCCUCCACCACCUGAAGACCAGAGGCCUCAGCAGCUUGACCAAACCCCCAGCCUGCUUGAGGAGGAGACCUGGGUCUAA